AUGAACUACCUCUACUCAACAGUCAACACGCUGAGGGAUCGCUACACCCCCGUCACGCACACCUCGACCUUCCGCAACACCGGCCAAAUCACCCCCGAAGAGUUCGUCGCUGCCGGCGACUACCUCGUCUACAAGUUCCCGACCUGGUCCUGGAGCGACGCCGACAACGAGUCUCUCCGCGCCAGCUACUUGCCCCCCGGCAAGCAGUUCCUCGUCACGCGAAACGUCCCCUGCCACCGCCGCCUCAACGACGACUUUGCCGGCGACGCCGCCCACGAGGAGUCCAUCAUCAACGAGGGCGACGACUUCAAGAACAAGGCUGAUGCCGCUGACGACGAUGGCUGGCUGCGCACCGGCGGCCUGGCAAGCUCGCAGCCGCUCAAGGCGCGCGAGGUCAAGACGGUAGACGAUUCGGGUAACGUCGGCGACGACGACCUGUACGGGCUGGACGACGACAUCCCGGAUAUGGAGGAUGAGGAGGAAGACGAUGCCGUUCUUCGCAUCGAGCCUGGCAACACCGCUCGACGUACGUACAACCUCUACAUCAUGUACACGCCCUACUACCGAACGCCGCGUCUCUACCUCUCCGGCUACCAAGCGAGCGGUCAUCCUCUACCGCCCAUGAAAAUGAUGGAGGACAUCGUUGGUGACUACAAAGACAAGACGGUCACGCUCGAGGAGUUCCCUUUCUUCGCCAACCACGUCCGCAUGGCCAGCGUCCACCCCUGCAAGCACGCGCCCGUCAUGAAGUCGCUGCUGGAUCGUGCCGAUGCUGCGCUGCGCCUUCGCAGAGAGAAGCUGAAAGCGAGUAAGAAGCAGUCGGGCGAUGGAAAGGACGUCGAGGGCCUGGCCAGCGAACUGGAGCAUCUGGACGUCAAGGGCGCCCAGGAGGCCGCUGACAAGGACGAAUGGGAAGAGGUGCAGGAGAAUGAGGUGGAUGACCAGGAGGUUGCCAUCCGAGUAGACCAGUAUCUGGUUGUAUUCUUAAAGUUCAUGGCUAGCGUUACGCCUGGUAUCGAGCACGACUUCACCAUGGGUGUCUAA